CUUUGCUAUCGCUACUUCAACGAGCGGCACUGCGGUGCGAGCUGACCCGGAGUCAGAAGAAUCGUGGUUGAUGUGCGACGGAGACUAUUAUGGACAACGUCGAGCUGAUCUGGGAACAGUUAGGUGGCGAAACAUGCCGUAGGACUGGCCGCUAUUACGAAGUGCGUUCGUUUUGACUCUCGUGAGGACACCAUGAGAUGACAUCCGGCUGAAAGAAGAGAAAACUCAAAGUUGCCUUGCAUUUUUGUCUCACACAAGGAAAGUUCAUUGUGACCGUUACUGAGUUGGCCAGCAUUAGGACUCAACCCGCGACUAUCUCGGGCCGAGUCCCGUGGGCCAAGUGGCACCGCACUUCCGGGAUGGCCGAGUGAGCAAAUCCGACGUUUCGUCAAGUCGACCCGAGCGGCUGCAAAUACGGGACGAGGCUGGAAUUUGAGAGGCAGACACCGCGAGGCGGCCAUGGUCCAACAUGUGAGAUGAUCGCGGGGAGGCCCGAGGCCGCCGACAUCGACAUCGACAUGAUGCUGGCCCGGAGCUCGCACGCGCGAGGCCGAGCCAGGGUGACGCACGCCGUCAUCGUCAUCUUCCUAGAGUUCUUCGCCUGGGGGCUGCUGACCACGCCCAUGCUGACGGUUCUACACGAAACGUUUCCGCAGCAUACGUUCUUGAUGAACGGACUCGUGCAAGGCGUCAAGGGCUUCCUGUCGUUCCUGUCGGCGCCCGUGAUCGGCGCCCUGUCCGACAUCUGGGGGAGGAAGUGUUUCCUCCUGAUGACGGUGUUCUUCACGUGCGCGCCCAUCCCCUUCAUGAGGAUCAGCCCCUGGUGGUACUUUGCUCUGAUCUCCGUGUCGGGAAUCUUCGCCGUGACGUUCUCCGUGAUCUUCGCGUACGUGGCCGACAUCACGGACGAGCGUCAGAGGAGCACGGCGUACGGCCUGGUGUCGGCGACGUUCGCCGCCAGCCUGGUGACGAGCCCCGCCAUCGGGGCGUACCUGUCGGCGCGCUACGGAGACAGCCUGGUGGUGCUGGUCGCCACGGUGAUCUCGGUGGCCGACAUCACCUUCGUCUUUUUCGUGGUGCCCGAGUCGCUGCCCGACAAGAUGCGGCUGACCAGCUGGGGCUUCCCGCUCUCCUGGGAGCAGGCGGACCCGUUUGCCUCGCUGCGUCGGGUGGGCAGAGACUCCACCGUCAUGCUCAUCUGCGUCACCGUCUUCCUGUCCUACCUGCCCGAGGCGGGACAGUACUCCAGCUUCUUCCUCUACCUCAGACAGGUGAUCGACUUUUCUCCCGCCGCCAUUGCCGCCUUCAUCGCCAUGGUGGGCAUCCUGUCUAUCAUCGCACAGACUUUUGUUCUGAGCGUGCUGAUGCGGACGUUGGGCAACAAGAAGACGGUCCUGCUGGGUCUGACCUUCCAGCUCCUGCAGCUGGCCUGGUACGCCUUCGGUUCCGAACCCUGGAUGAUGUGGGCGGCGGGCACGGUGGCGGCCAUGUCGUCCAUCACCUUCCCGGCCGUCUCGGCGCUGGUUUCGCGCAGCGCCGCCCCGGACCAGCAAGGUGUGGUCCAGGGCAUGAUCACGGGCAUUCGGGGCCUGUGCAACGGUUUGGGCCCCGCGCUCUACGGGUUCAUCUUCUUCCUCUUCAACGUGGAGCUCAGCGACGUCCGGUCUGCACAAGGGCCCGACACGCAACACAUUCAGAAGUCGAGUGUUCCCGGGCCGCCGUUCCUGUUCGGCGCCUGCGCCGUGGUCUUUGCACUCAUUGUUGCCGCCUUCAUCCCAGAGCGGCCGCCGGCCGACGGCGACGUCGCGACGUGCUCGGACAGGAAGUCCGGCGGCGCGGGCGGGCUAAUCGCCGCGCGGGCCCAGGACGCCAGCCCGCCGGCCACACCCGCCAGCGACGCCGACGACAUCGAGCCGCUCCUACAGGACAGCAGCAUGUGAUUGGCCGAGGGGCCGCCCCAUCACAACGAAAUGUGCCAAUUUUAUUUUAUUUCUUUACAUAUCUAAGAGGUCCAAACGCCAUG